AAACAGAAAUAUGGAGCGAAGGACCCGUCCGUGCUUUCCAGUGACGCGCACAACGUUCUGUCGCGCUCCUCCACCACACCAUGGAACGUCUCGAGCGCUGCCCAACCUGCCUCACCCACAGGUAUGCACCUCGCGCUCAACUCUGAAGACGUUUGUCAACAAACACAGCUAUUUGGUGCCUUUGUCUCUUUUUUCCAGGCGAAGGGAGAUAUUUUCAAACAAAAUAUCGGCCAAGAGUAGUGGCUGAACAUCGUUGAAGUUCACAUUGAAGAGGAACUGAUCUAAAGCUUGACCAUGGCCACAAUUGGGGACUUCGACCCGCUCAACUCCACCGUACCUGCGACGAAAAUUGAACUUACUGUCUCGUGCAGGAACCUGCUGGACAUGGACACCUUCUCCAAAUCAGACCCUGUUGUGGUUUUGUACGUUCAAGGCAUCGGGACAAAGGAGUGGAGAGAGUUUGGCCGAACAGAAGUGAUCGAUAACACCCUGAACCCGGACUUUGUUCGGAAGUUUGUCCUGGAUUUCUUCUUCGAGGAGAAGCAGAAUCUUCGCUUUGAUGUGUACAAUGUGGACACCAGAAGUUCAAACAUUUCAAAACAUAAGGACUUCCUGGGACAGAUGUUCUGCACUCUGGGGGAGAUCAUUGGGUCCACAGGCAGUCGGCUGGAGAGAACUCUGUCUGGGAUCCCAGGGAAGAAGUGUGGGAACAUCAUAUUCACCGCUGAGGAACUGAGUAACUGCAGGGACAUUGCCACUAUGCAGUUGUGUGCCAACAAGCUGGACAAAAAAGACUUCUUCGGCAAGUCAGAUCCCUUCCUAGUCUUCUACCGCAGCAAUGAAGACGGAACGUUCACCAUCUGCCAUAAGACAGAGGUAAUAAAGAAUACUCUGAACCCUGUUUGGCAGCCCUUCACCAUCCCUGUACGAGCACUCUGUAACGGAGACUAUGAUAGGACGGUCAAGGUGGAUGUGUAUGAUUGGGACCGAAAUGGAAGUCAUGACUUCAUUGGCGAGUUCACCACCAGCUACAGAGAAUUCUCCAGAGGCCAGAGCCAGUUCAACGUCUAUGAGGUUCUAAACCAUAAAAAGAAAGGCAAGAAGAAGAAAUACGUCAAUUCAGGGACAGUGACACUGCUGUCCUUCAAAGUGGAGUCAGAAUACACAUUUGUGGACUUCAUCCGGGGAGGGACGCAACUCAACUUCACAGUGGCCAUCGAUUUCACAGCGUCUAAUGGUAACCCAUCCCAGCCCACCUCUCUGCACUACAUGAGUCCCUACCAGAUGAAUGCCUACGCCAUGGCCCUGAAGGCUGUGGGGGAGAUCAUCCAGGACUACGACAGUGACAAGAUGUUCCCCGCCUACGGCUUCGGAGCCAAGCUGCCACCGGACGGCAAGAUCUCCCAUGUCUUCCCACUGAACUCCAACAGUGAGAACCCUAACUGUGUGGGGAUCGAGGGAGUGUUGGAGGCGUACUUCCAGAGUCUCCGCACCGUUCAGCUCUACGGACCCACCAACUUCGCUCCUGUCAUCAACCAGGUGGCACGGUGUGCUGAGGAUGUGACUGACGGAUCCCAGUACUUUGUGCUGUUGAUGAUCACAGACGGAGUCAUCUCAGACAUGGUGCAGACCAAGGAGGCUGUGGUCAAUGCUGCCGCUCUGCCCAUGUCUAUCAUCAUAGUGGGAGUAGGCCCUGCUGAGUUUGACGCGAUGGAGGAACUGGACGGUGAUGAGGUCAGAGUGUCCUCUAAGGGGCGCAUUGCUGAGCGAGAUAUAGUCCAGUUUGUGCCGUUCCGGGACUAUAUUGACCGCCAGGGCAACCAGGUGCUGAGCAUGGCACGGCUGGCCAAGGACGUGUUGGCAGAGAUCCCCGAGCAGCUGCUGGGUUUCAUGAAAACGAGAGACAUCGAGCCCCAGCCUGCCCUGCCCACCUCCUCCACCACCACUACCGCCCCUCUAGGACUGAACAACCUGUGCAUCUGAAAGUGGGGUUUGGGUGGGGUGGUGUCAGAGGUCGGGGGGUCUUAGGUCUAGGGCCAUAGGGCCAUGGUUUGGACCAUUUUCAGUUGCAGCGAAUACCUGAAGAGACACACUGAAGCAGUUGGUGUGCACAUGAACACACACACACACACACACACACACACACACACACACACACACACACACACACACACACACACACACACACACACACACACAGGCAGUUGCUGUCCUAGUCAGAGGGGUAGACUGCAAUAGCACUGAACGCUUUUUCACUACCGCUCCUUCCAUGUUGAAGUCAGCUAUUUUUCUGAUUCUUCUUUUAUCUCACUGCCGUAGCGAUGUCCUGCCUGGCGGACACAGCCCCCCUGCUGUGAUGUAACGACUCUACAGCUCAACGGGGGUCAAAUGCAGCGUGACCUUUGGGUCGAGAACUGUUGGAACUGUUGGACAGUUGUGGUCUCAGCCUCAGCAACUGGAGUCAUUGUGUUUAUAUAUCUCAUUUUUGCAAGGACUGGUUCAUCUUGUCCAGGGGUUGAUUGAAUAGUGAAUAUAUUGUACUAUGCCAGUCCACACUAGAUGUAUAUAGGUAGUUGAAUGUUACUUCUUGAAAAAAUAUAUUCCUGAUAUAUUCCAUGUGUUGAAAUGUAUAUGUUAAUUAGUAUGGCCUAUGGAUGGCUAUAUUUCAGAUCAGAAAAUACAUUUAGAGACAGAAUGUGUAAAUAUUGAAAUAACUUUGGUCACAAGGGCCUGCUAGCUGCCAAUUGCGUACUUCUGUUCAGAGAAAAGCCUUCAUCUUCAAAAUGAAGGGUCGUAAAUUGAAAUUGGCUUGAGAUGGAGCAUAGCUUGAAAUACUCCCACCUCCGUUUCUUUUCAUCCACCAUACAACUGGUCGUCUGAUGUCCCUGCACAGGUUAUUUCUGGCCCAAACAUCGGUCUGAAUAUACCUGGCUGUGACCCCACUCUCCAAGGGUGUCUCAGGGGGAGUUGGGAUAUGCAAAAAGCACAUUUCCAAUUCACACAUACAGGUCUAAGUCACAUGUAUAAAAUAGGACAAUAAUAAGCACCCACCAAAUUAUUAUUAUUAUAUUAGUACAGUACCGAGUCAGCUAUUUUAAAACUUGUCCUUGAUUUCCUCCUUCCAAAUUGAAACUUUUCCUAGCUUUUGCCCGGUGAUUAAAAAAUGAAUCAUUUAUGAAGUGGUCGGUCAAUGGUGGGAAAACCUGCUCCAUCUUUCAAAAUCUGUGGAGCAUGCUCCUGUUUAGUUUCAGAAAGACUCGGCAUGCGCUCGCUGAACAAAAGUGCUUAGAUGUAGCAAAGAACACAUCAACGCUUCAUGGUCACCAAGUCCAUCCAUUUUUUUCUGGAAAGAGGAGAGAAAGAGAAGGGGCCUCAGCAUAAGUUCUUCUCAAAAGUGUGGUCCCUCGCCACAGCCUGUUUUGAGGGAGUUGGAAAUGGCUGCUUUACAUAGCAAAUGUAUGCAUGAUUUCUUUCCGCCACAGCUCUGGUUUCUGAGAUAUGGGUCUAUAUUUUCAUUGUUGUUUUGGCUGGGCUCAUAGGCUCUACACUAGUUUGUUUACAAUGCAUGUAAUGCAUUCUUUUUUGUACUAGUCUUUUUAUUAUGCCUUUGUUCUUUGAGAAAUGCCUGGCUAGAAGGGAUCAUUCAAACAAAGUUUUUAUUUUGCAUUCAAGCAUCUAUUGUGAUUUGUUUGAUUUCUCUCUCUCUUUUUCUUUCUCUGUUUCUCUCUCUCUUUCUCACUCUUUCUCUCUCUCUCUCUCUCUCUCUCUCUCUCUCUCAUACACUGCACACACAUACCUUUGUUCCCAUCUCUCCAUUCAUUCACUCUCUCUUACAUAGUGGUAGUUUACCAUAACAUUUUUGACCGUGCCAACAACGGACAUGGCUUCUCUUGCAAUUUUUUUUAUUUCUCUGUUAGUAAAUUACAUAACAAUAGUUUGUUUUCACAUAGCACUUAAGGAGAGUGCUUGGACCUAACCAUAUAUUGGAAAGAUUGUGGGCCCUUAGAUCCAUACCCUGGGAAGAGAGAAACCACCAGGGAAUCUUUUGAGACCAAACUUUAGGGAAACGAUCAAGCAUUUUGGGCAUUGUGACAGCAAGUCAACUAGAGACAAUACCAGUGCUGGACUUGGACAGCAGCUCACCGGAGCUGAGUAUCGGCACGUCAAAUGUUCUACUGCUAGAGCUCCUGUUACUCUUAGAAAACAUUAGCUAAAAAGUAUUGUGAAGCUGAGUACCGGAACCUAUUUCAAUCCAAGUCAAGCACUGGCUAUAGAAUAAGAUGGACAGUAGUAUGAAGAGUUGUCUUAGGACUCAGGAAGAGAUAUGGAUAUGUGGCCUUAAUUAUGUCAUAAUCCCACGUGUGUGUGUGUGUAGGGAGGAUUCUAUUUUUAUAUUAUUCAAUGAAGUCAUAAUUGCAUUAUUUUGCAUGCUAACCUGAUUAGUCGACACACUGCUGAUGGUUGUGGUCGUCAAAAAUAACUGUUCUUCACAUUUGAAGUUGACUAAAACAUUCCUAUUUGGCGAGUGUUCUGUGCUUGGUUGGUUUUUGUACGAGACUGGAUUGUGUAUUGAAUUUUGUCAAUGUUCUUUGUUGUACACUGUAUAGUAUACAGGAACUGACAAUAUAAUAACCCCAAAAUAUGAUAGAACGUUUAAAUAGUAGAUGGAUUUCUAAUAGACCGUUUUUAGUGCAUGUGUGUAACAGUGUUAUAAAGUCAACCUCACAUCACCUGCUGAACAUUUUAGCAUAAAGCAUGACUGUCUGGCUUUGUGUUCAGUGUAGCUUUUGCUUAUAAGUAUAACUAAUGUAAAUAUAUCGGAGUUCCUGUACAGAAUAUUAUGUGAUCAGUCUUCCUCCGGAUUUUCUUUCUUAAAUGACUCUAUAAAUGUAUAUCAAUGUCAUGCCAUGUCCAUUUGUGUUGGUCAAAACCUAUUUGUAAGUUUGUACAUUUGUUUUAUAUAUCUUUAGCUUAGAAAUCAAAUAAAGAUAUAUUAUUAAGACUCA